AUGUUGCAGCUGGCCCUUCGUGGUGCUAACCCGAACCCAGAAAGCCAGCCCGCUUUGAUUAUAGGCGUUUGCAAGCCAGAAAUCAUCGCGCUGCCCUCGGAGAGCCGCUCCCGAAGCCGCAAGCCCCCUCGCACCUCCGGGCGGGGGAAACUGUGCUUAUCCCUGCUGGGAAUGCUAAGGGCUGAUUCCAUAUUUGUUGAGCAGCUUGCUUUGGCUUCUCCAGGUCCAGUUCUUCUAGGGACUGAGAACAGCUGUACGGAAAACAAUUUUCACCGAGAAAGGAAUAAGCAAGUGUGUCGAGACUUUGCUGUUCUGGAAGAUCAUACCUUGGCCCAUAACCUACAGGAACAAGAGAUUGAGCAUCACCUGGCAACAAAUGUUCAGCGUAAUCGUCUAGUGCAACAUGACUUGCAGGUGGCCAAGCAACUGCAAGAGGAGGAGGAUCUGAAAGCACGUGCUCAAAUCCAGAAACGACAAAAAGACCUAGAACGACAGGACUGCGAGAUGGCUCAGGAAAUCCAAGUGAAGCUAGUAUUUGAAGCAGAGCAGCGACGCAGGCAAGAGGAAAAAGAUGAGGACAUUGCCCGUCUCCUACAACAAAAGGAGCUGCAGGAAGAAAAAAAGCGCAAAAAGCACUACCCAGAAUCCCAGGGGCACACUGUCUAUGAAGACAGUUAUUAUUCAGAGAAUGGAGCACAUCUGCGGGGUGACUCUAGAGAGCAGGUUUCUGAGCCUCGCAGACACCACAGUGGGGAGAGGCACAUGCACCAGCGGAGAGAGCACCAGAAAGUGCCCUCACCUUUACCUGACAAUGCCUCUGAAUGCAGGCGUCACCCCUCAGAGGAUCCUCGCCGCUCUCCUCAACCGCACAAGGCCGGGAGCAGCCAUCAGCAUGACAGAGAGUGGCAGGAGUGGACAUUGGCCAGCCGGGGGGGGUCCCAGAGACCUCCCAGCCUGGACCUGGAAAGAGGGGCUGAACGUGCUGACCUUGACCACAAUGAUAGCUGGGAGCCAUGGGAGAGGAAGGCAGCCAACAGAAAGAAGGCUUGGAGGCCUCUCAGUCUUAAUCUGGAGUCAAAGCAUGAACUCACAAACCAGGUACGACAUGACAAAAAGCCAUCAAGGCAAGACAGAGAAAAGCACCUUCCCCUUCUUGAUAUGGAGCUGGAAGCUGAGCAGGAAACCUGGCAUCAUGGUGGCAGCCAGCUGUUGCACCCAGACCACCAUAAACCCCGCUAUCAGGGCCGCUCAUUGCCUAGGACAGCCCACGACAGGAGGCUCCAUGACUCUGAGUCCAGAGAAGAUCACAGAAGGGGUGAGGAGAGAGAUUGCAAAAGAGCAGGACACAGGAGAAAACCUUCCCCCUCUCCACACAUGGUGACCCAGGGAAGGACUGGAGACUGCCAACAGGACUCAGGAACUAAGUCAAGGGGGGCAAAGCAAGCUGUUUAUGACAAACCUCAAAGGGAACAGGAAUUGUCUGAUGAAGAGAUUGCUCGGAAACUGCAAGAGGAAGAGCUUCUGGCCAACCACAUGGAUCUCAAGGCAGCUCAAGUAGCCCAAGAUGAGGAAAUAGCCCGUCUCUUGAUGGAUGAGGAGAAGAAAGCUUUCAAGAAAGGGAAGGAACGAGAAAAGUCUUCCUUUGAAAAGAAGAGGCAUGAUCAAGACUGGAAGUAUGAUGCAAGUGAGUCGACGCGCUCAAAGUCAAAAGAAGGGCCUCAGCGACACAAAGGCGACAAGUCUUUACGGUCACAGCCUCUCCCUGAUGACUUGGAACGUACACGUUAUUGCACAGGCCAGCCUAGCCCCUCGCGCCAGUUUCCCAAACCUGAGCAUUCUCCUAAAGGUUCCCGUAGGAAGCAGUAAACUGCUAGCCUUUGCUUUGGUACUGACUGUUCUGUAGCAAACAUUACUGGAAUUGCCAGGCAACUUUCUUGAUUCCUUACCCAACGGGAGGUCCACCCUCCAUCCCCAGGAUCUCCUCUCUGUCAUCAUAUUAAUAUGGAACAUUUGUUCAUUUCAAUUUCUUACUCAUAUGCGAUCACUUAAGCAGUGCAGUACAAUCUAGCCGCUACUGAGCUGUGUGAAUCAACUAGCUAAUUUAACAGCUCGCUCGCUCUCUCUCUUUUUUUUUAAACUCCUUUGAAGCUUUUCUUUUUAUUUUUUAAACUUGGCUGGAGCUUGGGCAAAUAGAGAUGCAUAUACAACCAGAAGGAUAAUACAAGAUGUGAGCUGAGUUAUGGCAACGCAGCAGAACAUCUGAAAUACAAGUCCUUACUAUAUUAGGAUGACUUAGUGCAGAGAACUGUAAGAGGGAACAUGUGUUUCUCUCUGUGCUGGGUAAGAAAGCAGAGCCAAUCCAAGAGAGAGACAUAUUAGCUUACAGGAAGGAGAGAGUCUUCACAAUGUACACCAGCAAAAGCUAGAACUUGAGACUGAUGAGGAGGAAUUUGCCUAUGGAACAAAAUUUCUUAACUGCUAUGGUUCUUUCCAGGGUUUCCAACAAGCACUCCUAAAUUCUCUACGGGUAGAGCAUGCAACCAGACAUUCAGCUCAAGGAUGUUGGAUAGGAUGGUUGAGAGGAAAGACAAUUUAAACUGAAAUUAGACCUUAUGUGCAUGACUUCUAAAGGGCUCCAGUGAGUUGACGAAGCUGUGAGUUGUGGAUUGGGAAGAAUCGCAUAUAUUGAUUUAAAUGUCUGAAAGGACCUCUGUGGUCACCUGUUUUGAACUUUAGCAUGAUGCAAGCCAAGCAAUUUCAUUAAGGCUGAGCAGGGUCUACUGUUAUUCCUUGUUCAGUUGCUGAUGCAUUGAGCCCUGUAACUUAUGUCUAAACCUGAAUGUAUCUUGGAAACACGGGACCGAAAGAGGACCAUUCGGACAUUGAAUCCAAAACCCACAGUAACAGGCAACUCAGAGCUAUACACUUGAGUCCAAACCAGUCAACAAAACGUCUGUGCUACCUGCCUCCCCUCCACAUUGCUCCAUCCAGUACGCCAGCCAGACUCCAGUCUGGAUGAAGUGAUUGCUCUUUGGGGCAUAGUUGUGCAGGCAGCUUUAAGUUAUCUGCACAAAUUUGGCCAUGCACUGAUACAUAUACAUUUUUUCCCCCUCUACUUUAUGAAAAUCAUUCUACUCUUACACAAUCAGGCAGACUUUUCACUUAGCCUCCUUUCAUUCUAAAUCUUUUGUCGUUUGGCAAAAAAAAAUUUUUUUUGCCAUUUGUUUUUUUCCAAGUGCAUUUUAAUCUGCAAAGCUGAUCAGAGAGACAAAGGUUUGGAGUCUAUAGCCAGUAAUGGCUAGUUACUCACUUUGGCAGUCUGGUUCACAGUAGCAGAGCCUGGUCAUGGUGUUGCUGCAUCCCAGCUUCCUUAUUGCCUCUCACCAAGUUGGCUCCAUCAUGCUCUUUGUUCUUAACUUGCUGCUGGCUUUGAUGAGUGGGGUCAGAGCUGUGACUUUACUCACCCCAUCACCAACCUGCCCUUCUGCCUGGGAAAGAGGAGCCUGCCAGCUCUGCAGAGCUUCGUGGAAAGAAAAUGCUGGCCUGCAGCACUAGCAGGAAACUGGAAGAGCUCACGUUUCCCUUCUCUUGCAUUAAUUCACAAUUCAAGUCCCAAGGCAGCGGGAAGGCUUUAACUUUAGCUGUUGUUCAGAAAGUUACUGUGAGACAAAUCGCUAGGAAGACAAGAUAACUUAUUUUUCACGUAAGUUGCAAGGGCAUGUCUAGUAUUACAGCAAAAGCCUGUGCCUCACCAUAACACAAGGGAAAAACUUCCACUUCCUGCACCAACUGGGAUGUUACUACCAGUUCCCUACCUGCAAAGUACUAGCUAGUCCUCUGAUAGAGUGUUGCUCCAGGCAUGCACUAGCCAAAAAUGUAGCAAAAUAGGACCUUGUGCAUCAGCAGCAUCCCAUUAGUUGCAUGCCCUUGCUUCCAGACCAUGAGCCUGCUCAUCUGCAUCAACCCUUAAGUGACUUGCAAGCUCUCGCUUGCUUGCUUGCUGCUUCUUCUCAGGAAAUAUCCCAGCCUGUGGCUAGAUUUUACUGCCCUUGCCUUGUGCCCUCUUCUUUUUCCAUCUCUGUCCAUUCAGAAGUGUUAACGUUGUUUCAAAGGAACAGGAAAAAAAACAACGUAGACCGUAUAUUUUUAUUUGAUAACUUGGGCCAGUGUGGCCACCUCAGUUGCAAUGAUUUUUAUUUUAUAAAUGUUUAUUUUUAUAUUUCAUGCAACAGUCAAAAUUUUUACUGCUGAAAAUGCUGGGAAUUUUUUUGGUGGGUUUCUUCGUCCCUUGCAUUCCAUCAGACUGUAUUUAUUGUUGUGAAAUGGAUCUCCAGUUGGGAUUUAUGUACUGAUACUUCUACAAAUACCCAGCCCAGGCCCUGCUGCUUGUAUCAUCUGGUGCACUAGUGAAAACUGGAUGGGGAAAAAUCCUGCCAAAUUAGAAAGUGGUUGUGCUUUGUACUUGCUGUGCAUGGGGAAAAAUGGUGGCUCUGGGUGCAAGGCAAGGAGAAGUCAGCAGCUAGGAAUUCAGCCCUCUCUGGGCUUCUGUAGCGACUGACGGGUUUUCUUGCAUUGCAGUUGGCUGCUGUAACUUCUGUCUUAUCCUAAUCAGAGAAGUCAUAAAGGCGCUGAGCUUGCCGACAUCCGAAGAACCUAUUAAUCCAGGAAGGAUGCUCGGGAGUGCCCAAGUUGUUGACUGCAAUGGGGAGGGAGUGGGGGCUAGGUGGUGAGAGAGCGCGUUCUGGUUGGCUUGUUUGGAAGCUGGUGAAAGUCCAAAGACCAUCCCAAAGCCUGGACUGCAAUGCUGCAGGGUCUCCUUAUGAGCUUCUUCCUGGCCUGUCAAGCUGUCUGCCCAUGGCAUCAAGAAGAGGAAGCUCAAGGGAAGGAUCCCAGGAGCAGCUGCUGCUCCCUUGGGAUGCCUUCAGGAAGGGCUGAUUGUUUUGGGGGCUGCUCAUCUCUAUGUCCCCCGGCCCCUUGCCCCUAAUUUUUUAUUCUUAUUCCCUGACUUUGUUAUUUGCUAUCACUUGUAAAUUUUUCUCCUCAUUUUAUUUUUUCUGUAGUCUUUCUCAAGAAUGAGGCCCUGAGGUUAUGGUAGAAGGGAACUGACACCUAUACCUACAGAGAGAAACUGUAAAAUCAACAGCUGAGGAAAGCAUGUAAUAAAUAGAGUACAAAUAAAGCAGCUGUUCCUCUGGGGCCUCAUGCAGUCAGCGGGCUAUAGACUUUCCCCGGCAAACAUUACAACUGGGCCUGCAUGUUUAGCAGCCACUUUUGGCCCCUCCUAUGGCCCCACUGAAGUCAACAAGAGUUGAGUUAAGAUUGUGGUUCAGCGAGGACCCCAUUCACCUUGGGGCUCAGCAGCCGCAGCUUUGCUGAAGUCAGGGAGAUGCAGUGGCACAGGCCAGAUGCAAAACCAGCACCUUGCAUGUGUGUCCCUGGAAAGCUGCACGUUGUUAUUUUAAAAGGAGCAAUAUUUUGUUUCCAUGACAG